AGAAGGAAACUCUUUUUCCUUUUUUUUCCUUCGUCUGUGUAUAAAAUCCCUCCGCUUAAGCAAAACACAUCUCCUCCAUCUCUUCCUGUCUCUAAAGGUGGAAGCUUUUUAGAGAGGAAAGAGACAUUUUCAUAUUAAAUUGAAGAAAGGAGAAGUCUUUUUGGUUCAAGAGAGGAAAUUGUUGACAUGGGUGGAAAGAAAUUUGCUGUUCUUCUCUGUGCAGAGGACUCUGAGUAUGUGAAAAAGAAGUAUGGAGGGUACUUUGGGGUGUUUGUGAGAAUGUUGGGGGAGGAAGGAGAGACAUGGGAUGUUUAUAGAGUGGCUUGUGGAGAGUUUCCUGAUGAUGAUGAGAUUAAAGCCUUUGAUGGGUUUGUCAUCACUGGAAGCUGCAAUGAUGCUCAUGGAAAUGAUGUUUGGAUCCGAAAGCUCUUGAAUCUGUUGAACAAAUUGGAUUCCAUGAAGAAGAAAAUUCUGGGAAUUUGUUUUGGACACCAGAUACUGGCGCGUUCACUGGGAGGAAAAAUAGGCCGUGCUGUCGCAGGAUGGGAUAUAGGGAUCACAGCCAUCCAUUUCUCAUCAACAAAAAGACUCUUCUCAUCAGUAAAAGUGCCUGCCUCACUAUCUGUGAUCGAGUGCCAUAGGGACGAGGUCCGAGAACUCCCACCAGAAGCAGAGGUCAUUGCAUGGUCUGAUAAGACUGGGAUUGAGAUGUUUAGAUAUGAAGAUCACAUCAUGGGCAUCCAAGGUCAUCCUGAGUAUAACAAAGACAUUCUCUCUCAUUUGGUUGAUCGACUCCUCCACCGUAAUCUUAUUGUGGAAUCAUUUGCUAAUGAGAUGAAGGCAAAUUUAGAUGGACAAGAGCCAGAUAGGGAGGCAUGGGAGAAGCUCUGCACCAACUUCCUCAAGGGCAGAUUAUAAAGAUAAAAAAAAUUCCCAAAAAAAAAACGAAAAGAAAGUUAGGGGACUGAAUUGUAAAUGAGGAGUAAAUGGGAAGAAAUAAGUUGAAGAGAGGCAUGAAUUAAGAGCAUUUUUUUUUAUAAGGGAUUAAGAGCAAGUUUAGGCCAAAUCAUAGCUUGGAUUAAGGAAGAUUUAGUUGUUAAGUUGGGAUUAAUGAAAUGUUGGCAAGUGGGGGGUUCUUUUUUUAUAAUGUGAAAAUGGUGAUUUGGGAAGGCUUAAUUAUUAUGAAAAUAAAAAGUUUUACCAAGUUUUUAUUAA